AUGGCCAUUUCGCACGCAGACCUUUCGCAGAAGACGCAGUGGCGCUGGCGAUCUGAGCUCGGAAGUCAGUUCGCCCUCCUCUUCGUCUUCCUCUCCGUGAUUGCCGGCCUCGUCGCCUUCGUGCUCUGUCUCGCCGCCGAGGCCUCCCGCUCAGAGGCGACGUGGUUCGCGCUGAGCGAGGAGGGCAACGGGAGGAAGAGCUCCGUGUGCGUCUACGACAGCAGCGGGCGGACGCCGCUGGGCUGCGCCGUCACUGCAUUCUUGCUGAUGGCGGUGGCUAUGCUCGCAGAACACGCCUACUUGUUGGUCGCCGUUGACUCGUCUUCCAAGCAUCCGUUCUAUGCCUCCUGGCCACAGUCACAGCCGCCUCCGCCCCCCUCUGCGAUACCUCACGAUCCGCACACGCCGGCCACCGCCGCCGUCGCCGCCACCACCAUCACGCGGCAGGCCUGCUGCCUCUUCCUCACCGCCUGGAUCUGCUUUGCCGUCGCUGAGGUUCUCCUCCUCAUCGGCAUCGGCGUGGAGGCCGGCCACAUCAGCAACUGGAGGAAGCCGAAGCCGGAAUGCCACGUCACCCGGCCGGGAUUGUUCGCGGCUGCCGGAAUUUUCGGCCUAAUCUCCGUGCUCCUCGGAGUCGGGGUGUACCUCACGGCGUUGCAGAUGCAGAGGCUGCAGCAGCAGCAACAAGCUCAUGCCGCCGGCCCGCGGCUUCAGUUUCCUCUUCCCGCUCCGAACGCGCCGGCGGUGACGCAAUCGCAACAGCACGGCGAAAAAACUUCCACCUCUGCUUAAAGAUCAUAAAGUUAAUAACCAUUUGGUCUACGUUACCCUUUCACAAGUUCCGAUUGAUUGAAUUCUUGUACGCAUCUUUGUUCCUUCUUUCCAUUAAUUCCAGUGAAUAAGGAUGCCAUAAUAAGAGAAGCAACAUGAGCUGAUGUUGCUUCUGUAUUUGAUCGACAUUAACAAAUUGUUCCUCUUUUAUUA